ACAAAGAUUUUGAGUUUCGUGAGUGAGUGAGAGUGACAUACAUGACAUUGAGUUCAUUUCUUUUUGGGUAAGAGAAAGAAGAAGAAGAAGAAAGAUGUUUGCUUGAAGCUCUCUCUUCUCUGCCACGAAGAUCAGAACUUUACAGUUUCAAGCAUAAUGAUCUUCUAGUUCUGCUUAUUUGCUUUCUCUCUUUGAUUUUUCAUUUUGUUUUUGUGUGGCUAUGGCGGAGGGUUUUGAGCCCUACCAUGUCCCACAACAAAGCAGAAGAGAUAAGCUAAGAAUUGUGGCUCAAAACCACUCAGCCGGCGUUGAAUCCACGGCUGUUUCUCUUUCGCCUUGCUCCGGUUUACUCCCUUUGUACGACGCUUCUCUUCUUUCCUCCGAUUUGCUGUCUAGCGCUGCCAACGGUAGUCUCGUUUGUGCCGGUAAAGAAGAAGGUGCGAGUUCCAUGGGUUUUGUUGGUGGGAUUUCUUCAUCAGUUUCUCUUCACCACCCUUAUUUGGAUGCACAAUCGUCCUUACCAUUGAACCCUAGCUCGAUUCAAGAUAUGAACAACCACCCUUUUCUUUAUACCCAACAGAACCUUCAAAACAUAAGAUAUUUCGACCCUUCUUACAACAGUGCCACUGGUCAAGCCUUGUCUCUUUCUCUAUCAUCUCAUGAUACCCACCAAAACAGUCUUCCUUUGGAGCUUGGAUUUGUGGUUCCAAGCAUUAUUGGUGCUGCCAGUGCCAGUGCCAGUGCCACCGGUUAUGCUUCGAUUCUCAAGGGAUCGAGGCUUCUGAGUCCUGCGCAACAGUUAUUAGAAGAAUUAUGCGAUGUGGGAUGGGGAUUUUACUCUGAAAAGUUCACUCCCGAUUCUUCUUUAAUGGAGCCGCCACCAUUGCAGAAUUUGAGUGCUACUGACAUUAUCGACGAUGGUGAGAGUAGAAGGAAAAAGUCGAGGCUAAUUUCAAUGCUUGACGAGGUUUACAGGAGCUACAAGCAGUAUUAUCAACAAAUACAAGCUGUAGUUGCAUCGUUCGAGUAUGUUGCUGGGCUGGGAAAUGCUGCUCCUUUUGCAAACGUGGCUUUGAAAGCCAUGUCUAAACAUUUCAAGUGCUUGAAGAAAGCAAUCACAGACCAGCUUCAGUUCAUUAAUGAGCCUCACGGUCCGACGAGCCCCGGGAAAGAUGAACGUCCGGUGUUUGGAAGUGGCGAAAGAAGCCUUUAUAACCGAGCUGUUCAUAACUCCGGGUUCCAUGAGCACCAACCUGUUUGGCGGCCUCAACGAGGCCUCCCCGAGCGCGCUGUGACUGUACUUCGAGCAUGGCUAUUUGAACACUUUCUACACCCUUAUCCGACCGACACCGACAAGCUCAUGUUGGCCAAACAAACCGGUCUAUCGCGUAACCAGGUAUCAAAUUGGUUUAUAAAUGCUAGAGUAAGGCUUUGGAAGCCAAUGGUGGAAGAAAUACACACUCUCGAACAAGCUCAAAAAGGUUCUGAGGACCAAAAUUCGAAUAAGUUGAACGAUCAUAUGUCUUCGAUGAACUCUCUCGCUCCCGAAAAUCCAUCAACCUCCAUUCAAAGGGCUCAAGAUAUGCCAUCGAAACGCACCCGAAGUGAACCACUUGCUGAUAUACCCCUCAGAAGCGAACCACUCAACUUAUCAUCGUACAACAGCAUGUCAAGCCAUCCACACGUUGGUAUGGCAGGUGGAAGCAAUGGGGUCUCCUUAACACUAGGUCUUCAUCAAAACAACAGUAUCGGCUUAUCCGAGCCGUUUCCCAUGAAUGCAGCCCAGCAUUUCGGCCUUGGCCUAAGCAGCGAGGGGUACGUCAUCGGCGGUUAUGAAGCACAGAAUCGGCAUUUCGGAAGGGAUGUUAUCGGAGGACAGCUUUUGCAUGAUUUCGUCGGUUGAAAAAAUGUUUCGGAGAAGAAAGGCUAAUGGUCAUUAUUUAAUCGCAUGUUAUAUUAUACCA